AUGGGGAAAGUCUGCACCAAAUUCCGCCGCAUCCUGCACAUCGACACCAUCUGGAGACGGCGCUGCCGGGAGGAGUUUGGCGUUUGUGAAAACUUGCAGGACCUGGAGACGGUGGGUACGUCUUACCGAGAAGUCUAUGCGAAGCUGCUCCACCCGCACAGACACAUCUUGGGAUUGUGGCAGCUAGAUACUAAGGGCCUUAAAACACUGCUGUAUGUCGCGGUGGACGGCUUAGGCAUCACUGGUUGGACAUACGUGCCUUGUCUUAACACCCAUGUGGAUGGCCCAAUGCAAUUCAAGCCCGCGUUCCGAAUCCGCCUGACGGAGACGAAAUCAGCCGUGGUGGAGUGCAUGGAAGGCCGCCACCGCCGGCCCCACUGCCGCCACCUGCGGAUUCGGAAGGACAGGCUCACCAGCCAGUGCAAGAAGACCGACCACCUAAAGGAUUCACCGACACGGCUUAGGGAGGAAUUCGGGACGGCGCUGUUUUUGGAUGACACACUGCGGUAUCACUGCCGGACCUACCGCCGCCUCUACCUCCCCUUCCACGGGAAGUGUGCCAGGCUCAAGCAAAUCACGGGAAUCACAUUCCACAUAUUACAGAUCCACCUCACGCGCCGCAUCGAGACGCGAGGGGGCGAGAUCUUCGGGGACGUCGACGAGCUCUCCCGCGUGGUCCGGGAGAUGGGGGAGCAGGUGCUCCGGGAGCAGCAGCAGCAGCAAGAAGACGGGACCGAGGACAGCGAGGGCCAUGGCGGGGAGAUGUGUUUCUAUGGCGUGGAAACUGGUACCCUAGAUGGCUCAGUCUGGCACUCUCCUGGAGUCGUCAUCCUGUUCGAUGAGAACCACUUGGGGUUCAUCGAUCCGGAGUUUAAAUCCUUCUUCCUGUUCGGCAGAGUCCAGAACACCUUCCAGAAUGUGGAGGCAGCAUCCCCACAGGCCUUUCCGGAGAUGAUCAAGAACAUUCACCCCGACCACGUUUACCACCCGUGA